AUGAGCCAGAUCGGAUCACACCCACCUUGGUUGACCAUCAACCCGUCGCUCAUUUCGUCACAUACUGUGGCCUUGCGGGAUGAUGGACCACCCUCUGCUUUGCAACAAUCUGCAAUGCAGAACGGAGCUCACCGAGCGUGCUCUCGUUACAACAUGCAGGUGUGUUCCGUCGCAUCCGCGUGUACGGUCAUCUUUACUAAUGCGGGCGCUCGAGUACCUUUUAGCCACAAUUUCUGCCUCCCGUGUGCACGUCAGUUUGGGUUUGUUGAAGCCAACGGGGCAAUACUACCGGGAACCGGAAGGCACCUUGCUUGCCCAGCAUGCAUGGCUGACUUGCCAGGCCAAGACGACGCUGUCAUCACCCACCUAAACCCGAACGAUGAUUACAAAACGAGUAUCCUGAGCGGCUUGAGUCCGAGUACUAUCAUGGAGUGUGCUGGACGAGCACUGAGCUUCUGGGCGUACCAGGCCACUCAGGAGAUGCACUUCCAGCGACAUCUCUAUACGACCAUGACAGAGAAAUAUUCGGCGCUUGCCGCCGAACUCAAUAGGAGAACGAGCGAAGCAAAUUCGAAGAUCAGCAGCCUGCAAAGCAAGUUACAGACAACCAUCGCCGAAUACGAGAUACUACAGCAAAAGAACGAAGACCUUGUGCUCAUGUAUAAGGAUAAAUGCCGAAAGCUACUGCAAACGCAGGAAGCGCAUGACAGGGAAAAGAGAAAAGCUGAGCUGGGCCAACUUCGGCAGGCUGCCUCAGCCGUCGUCGACUCCGAUCUUCAGAACACAGGCCAUACAACACAACAAAUUGUGGACGGAGCUUUACAGGACAGAGGUUCUAGAAAGGUCCAAAACCAUUCGGCUGGGCUCAUCUCGGGACACGAAUAUGAGUCCAUUGCAUCUAUGAACUCGUCCUUACCCCGAGCAAUUCCGAGAGCGCACGGGGUAUGGGACAAACAAUCACUGGUGCAGCCCCGAGGAAGUAGGUACUAUCAAUGUCUCAGAUUAUAA